GGCGAGUCACGGUGACCCCACAAAGCCGCAGAAGCUCGGAUACACGCCUUUGACUUUAUCGCACGAAGAUCGCCGCAGUUCCUUUACUGUUCCAGUCCUGGCCUUUACACGGCACGCGGGGAGCGCGAGUGAGGCGCACCAAGGAACUUCUUCCCUGUCCUUCGCCCGUUUCCCUCCAUAUUCCCGCGCGCACACGCUGACGGCACGGUACCCACCCUUUUGCAGCUGGGGUUAACGAUUUCAAAGGAAGGAUCCGUGACCGAGGACAAAUGGAUCAGACGUACGGGGAGGUAAAUCAGCUGGGGGGCGUCUUUGUGAACGGUCGACCCCUACCCAACGCGAUUCGAAUCAGGAUCGUGGAACUGGCCCAGCUCGGGAUCCGACCCUGCGACAUCAGCAGACAGCUGCGGGUCUCCCACGGCUGUGUGAGCAAGAUCCUGGCUCGGUACAACGAGACGGGCUCCAUCUUGCCCGGUGCAAUCGGGGGGAGCAAACCCAGGGUUACGACACCCAACGUGGUUAAGAGCAUAAGGGAUUACAAACAAGGGGACCCGGGAAUCUUCGCGUGGGAGAUCCGAGACCGGCUCCUCGCGGAUGGCGUUUGCGACAAAUACAACGUGCCCUCAGUGAGCUCCAUAAGCCGCAUCCUGAGGAACAAGAUCGGAAACCUCUCGCAGCCCGUGCAGUACGAAAACACCAAACCGCCCUCGUCGCAGCACGCGCUCUCCUACAACCACGUGUACCCCUACUCGUACCCCGGCGCGCUGUCGCCCACGGGCACCAAAGUGAGCAGCCCCCCCGGGGUGCCCGUCACGCCGGGUCACGUGGGCAUCUCGAGAGCGUGGCCGUCCGUGCACACUGUGAGCAACAUCCUGGGCAUCCGGGCCUUCAUGGACCCCGCAGCGAUCGCCGGAGCAGAUGGAUAUCCACCGAAAAUGGAGGACUGGCCCGGUGUGAACAGGACCACAUUCCCCACGGCCCACUGUGUCAACGGACUGGACAAGUCCGCUAUUGAUGCCGACAUUAAAUACCCUCAGGCAUCGCACAACAUCUCCACUUACGUGCCCGCGUGCGCUUAUUCCGCCUCCAACCAGUACGGGGUGUAUGGCGGGCCCGCGGGCGGCUACGUGACCCCGGGGCACCACUGGCAGUCUCAGAGCUCGAGCCUGUCGCACGCGGGCGGCGGCAUGACGGCGCACGCGGGAGACCUUCACCCUGCCAUGUCCUUCAAACAUCCAGCGCGAGAUGGAGACAGAAAGCCCCCCAGCCCCCUGAUCAAGCAGCAGCCGGAGACUCUGCAUGGCGUGCACUGAGUGAGUGACAUCCUCCUCCUACCUCACUCCCAGGGCCAGGACAGCGCACCCCUGCUGCAAAAACACAACGGAAACAUCAAGUUGAGCCACAGAUUAGUUUAACUCAUUUCAAGAGCUCAUCCACUACAUAGAAGCACUAUAUUUAUAAAUAGCCAGUUCAUGUGUUAACCUGAUGGAAGAGGGCCCUGUGUUUUUCCAAUAUCAUGUGCAAAUGAUACAGAUGCAUGUGGAAACUGAGAAAAAUGAAUGUGUGUUUGUACUGUAGCAUUCUCUGGUGCGGCGGUGUUGGUGGCUUUUAGCUCGAUCAGAAUUUCAUUUUUCUAAACUUUGUUUUAUUGUUUUGUGUAAAGACGCAAAACAUAGGUGCAGAUCAGCGGUGUUAUGUUGAAGGUAUGAAAUCAUCUCUAUGCAAUAUGAUUUCAGUUGACCGUAAAACUUAACGACACUUUUUAACAACAUUUUGAGUUUUGCUUUUGGUUCGGUGAACAAAAAAAAAAAAAAAAAAAAAAAAAACACUUCAGUUUUCA